AUGAUAAACUCAUCUAAAAAAAAUUCCAUAUCUAUUUUCUGGGCAAUGUUUACUAUAUUUAUAGUGGUAGUAUCAUUGAUAAGUUCGGAAGCUCUACAACAAAAUAGAGAGCUGUUUUCAGUGACAGGACCGCUCAUGAGAGUUACGAUUAUUAAUAAGAAUAAUUAUAUUCUUGGAGUCCAUUGUAAAUCAGGAGAUAAAGAUAUAGGUUUUCGUGAUCUUAAAAAAGAUGACUCUUAUGCCUGGAAGUUUCACGUUAUUUUUUUUAAUACUACACUCUAUUUCUGUGGAUUUAACCAGAGAGAAGUAAAUAAAGGUGUGUUCGACAUUUACGAAGCAAUUCGGGAUUUUACAAGAUGUAAAAAAUGCACAUGGAAUGCAGAAAUAGAUGGUAUUUAUGGAUAUAGUGAAAAUCCACAGCCGGCUUCUCUGUACUAUAAAUGGUUAAAAUAG